UCACAAUGAGAACACGCCACAGAAGAAUCAUCGAAAAAGCCUAAAAGGAUGCCUCUAGGAUCCUAGACAUUCGCAGAAGAAGCCUACAGAACUGUGAAUGAUGAUAUUUGCGACAUAUCUAAAUUUCCUGUACUCUAGUAUUUUGUUCUAUUUAGUAAGCAAAAUCGUAUGUGUCGUAGUUAGUUACCAAAGAUCAAUGCAUUAUAAACGAAGUUCGGCGCUUUCAAGCAUCCCGGAGAAUGAAGGUGAAGAAAAAUGGGUACCGAAGAAGAAACACGAAGUAUUGAAAGCGAAGUAUAAGUGUUUGAAGAAACUGUUCCAGAUAUACGAUGCUAGUGUUAUAGGGAUGUUGCCGCAGGAAGCUUACGCUGCUGGUGAUACGAGCGUGGUUGAAGACAGUGAUGAUGUUGGGAGGAAGCGUAAGAGGAAGCGUUCGCAUCGCGUCAGGCUGGACGCGUGUGCUGGGACGUCGGAUCAUGAGAUUCAAACUGCUGUUCAGGUGGAAUGUUCGAAAACCAACACUUCUGACACAGAGUCCUGCACGAAAGCGCCAUCUACCAAGGUCUACGCGGCAACUCAAGCAUCUAGAGAAUCUUUGCUAGCGAGCGAGCACGAUUGUGGCUGUGUCAAAUCCAGCAAUGUCCUGUUCCAGCCAUCUCAAGUAUCUCCGUGCUGUCCCAGGCCUCGAAUGAGUCGCCCCCGCAAGCGAACUCGCUUUCAAAGCUUCGUGCAGCGCAUCCUUGGGCUUCGGAGCCCGACCCGGCACCAUUGCCAACUCGAUGCGGCUGUUAGUGAGUGUGACGUCAGGAUGGAACGGAGGAGAAGGAGGAUCAGGUUCCGCCGCGCGCGGCGACCGACUCGUGCGCAGUCUGAAGGCGCGAUGCGCACUCCCGCUCAUGCGUGCGCGCAGUCCGUGCAGCGCAACUGUCUGCUGGACACCACGCCGCGCCAGUGCCCCAUCGCGGGCUGCCGGAUGAUGCUCUACGGCAUCAUCAACUACAACGACCACCUGAACCUGUGCCACUUCCCCGGCCGCCGCUACGUCUGCCACUUCUGCCACGAGGGCUUCGAGUGUGACGGAGACAAGAUGCAACAUGAGAGUGAACAUAUUGGUCUACGCACCUCGGUCCCCUCCUCGCCCCCGCCGACCAGUCGCUCCGGCAUCACUUGCGUCACACAAACGGACCCGGAACCCAGCAAGGAACACGAUGAGAAGCUCAAGAAGAUUGUGUCCUUCUUCGAUAAGAUCGUGGAUUCCACGCAGAUUCUUACAGAGUCUAGGAAGUCUAGGCAUUCGGAGAUGCACCUGCCGAAUUGUAAAACGCCCACUGACGCUCAAACCAUAGUGUCAGCCAGCGACGGACACUCCAAGGUUACCUCGAGUUGCAGCGAUUUUACGGGGAAGAGGCUGACAUACAGCUGUAACGACGUAAGGCGUAGGAACAAUUACCGACGCUCGCUGGGCUCCGAUGCCAUGUCACAAUGCUGCUCUGACAACUGCAACUUUUGCGGGGAAAACUUCGAUUACAGCCAAGCCCUAGAGCGCAAGUUUGGCGAGUUCCACUCGUGUGGCGCGUUACCUUCCCGUCGACGGACUGAAACUCACGUGACUUCUACUGUGGCGUCCUCAGUCAACUUGGAUCAAGCGAGCAUCGCCAGCUCGGUCGUCAACUGUAAUGGUGUCCUUUCUUUUACGGAUCACUUCGAGGACGCGAAACCGACCCACAAGCCCUCCACCAGUGUAGUUUUCUCCGCGUCCGAAUGCAGCCGAAAGGUCAGCACUCGCUCACUGGCCGACCGAUUCAAGAGUUACAAAUGGGAGCCGUGCACGAGGAUCAUACGCGUGUGACAACAAAUACUAAGGCGUGUUGCGUGGAAAAUGGCCGCCAGAAAACCAUAUAGCUGCAAACACUGUUGCCACUCAAGGCACGUUACAUCAUCUAAUCAAAUUUACAAUUACCUAGUAGAACGGGCCGCCCAAAACCACAAACAGCAUUGCCACUUCGAGUUUUAAAUGUGCCGCGACCACAAUGUGCGGCAAUCGGUAAUUAAAUAUAGUGCGUCAUAUAAAAAGUAUAUUUUAAUUAAUAGAAUUUACAAAUUUCCAUGCAAAAUCGUCGCCACGGCAAGUAUUUGACGUCAAAAAUGUGGAAGUUACGUCAAACGUGGCGCCCACAAUACAAUACAAAUCCACUUUAUUGCACAACCUCAGAAAUGUACCUACACACACAUUACAAUAAAUUUUAUUACAGAGGUAAACAGGCGGCCUUAUCGCUAAAGAGCGAUCUCUUCCAGGCACACAUUCAUUUUUCUACUAUUUUUUGUGUCGCACUGUAUCUAUGUCGCCAGGACUGACGUUUUCCACCCGGGUGCCCUAUAAAUGAUAUAUAUCCACGUAAUCGAAUCGUCUUAGUAUUUUGUUACUAUUAGUAUUUUGGAUAAAGUUUAUAUUUUUCAUUAUAAAAAACAAUAGAUAACUUUUGUAACUAGUUACAAAAAUAACUCUUAAUUUCUUUGAAAAUUGUAAUGUCUUGUGCUUAGUUAUGUGCUGUUACAGAAACUUGUGAAGCGAACGUGGGUUAUCAAAUAUGAAAUAAAAUACGAACCUCAUAUUGCUUUUCAUUAUUUCUCCAACCCAGGCCAAGUAAAAAUAAGGGUUCCUUUUGUACCUUUUUGGUACUGAACCCUAAUUACUCUCGACAAUAAAAGUAGUCAACUGGGCUGUCAUCUGUCAAAUUCCAUAUAAAAUGGAGGGGUUAACCCUCCA